AUGGUAGAAGAAACUCGGCAACUCUCCCCAAAGGAGCUCCUCGUCUAUAAAGACUUGAAUAAUGCAGUUACAAUAGAAGACAUUAACAAAUCAAUGUCAGAAAAAGAAGUAGAUUUUAAGUUGGUGGAUGAUUACCUGUUUAGAGAAAAAACGUCGAAGACAUUGGCUGGACUGACAAUACAAAAGGCAUCGAGUGGAUGGCCAAGAAAUCGGAAGGAAGUGCUUCAGUUACUGAAGAUUCAGGUUGAGAAAAAGGCAGAUUUUCCCCGAACGUUGGCCGUCGAAAGCAAACGCCAAGCGCCUCGUAAUCACCUGAAAAUUUUACUGGAAAUCACCUUUUCAGAAAGUAUUGUUGCUUUGGAACCGGAACCAGACGCUGGGAACAACAAUAACCUCGAUUUGGAAGAAAUUGCCGCUAAAGCUACGGAAAACGCACGUUUUCUCUGGGCUAUAGAUGGUUUGUAUCAUUACUAUUGCUACAAAAAGAAUCAGAAUUCAGUGCCAGCUGCCCCAAGUGGUCAAUACAAGACUCUCGAAAUCAAAAGAAAAGAAUUGCAGCUCCACAAAAUCGAAGCUGAUCCAUAUUUCCGUAGCUUGAAAUGGCUUCUGGAAACAGGCAUUCUUCAUGAAGGUGACAAGGAUGACCCAAAUCCCAAGAGCAGGUAUGAAUAUCAACAUAUUCCAGGGAGUGGAGAACUGAAUUUACUGGCUGAUGACAUCAUCCUAGGAACACUACAGCUUGUUUCUGACAUUAGAGAUGAAAUACCAGCCACUGAUUCUUUCCUCAAGAGAGAAUAUCAACAGCUUUCCGACCAGGCAGAAGAAUUCGCUGUGGCACUAAUUGAUGAGGUUCAAGACGAAAAAGAUCUUUCUGCAGUCAUUAUGAUGGAAGAUAAAUUCAUUGGAGACGAUACCUUCAAAGAUUCGUUGAGGUGGACAAGAGAAGGAAAUGUUUCAUUGAUCCAACAUGCCAUCAAUCUACGAUGCAAGGCUGUAAGUAUUCAUUCAUGA